GUAACUCUAACCGCAUGGAAGAUGGAUUUUAGUCAAGAGGUCUCGUUCUUCAAAUAAGCUUAGCAUUGACAAGAUGGACGAUUUGGCUAUUGAAGUUUGUGGUGAAAAUGGUGCUUAUUAUAAGGCUUUUAUGGUUGAUGUCCAUGAUGAUGGAGUUUCUGUUGCAUUUGAAAAUGACUGGCAGCCUCAAACUAAAUUUCCUUUUCGUCGAGUGAGAUUGCCACCUUCUCAGAAAGAUGAUGAAAAAAAGGAAUUUUCUGAAAAUCAAGAAGUUGAGGUAUUAUCCCGAUCCAAUGAAAAUGAAGCCUGUGGUUGGUGGAAAGCAAUGGUGAAAAUGUCAAAAGGGGGUUUUCAUGUUGUCGAAUAUGUUGGCUGGGAAACUACAUGUACGGAAAUUGUACCUAGCGACCGUCUUAGAAUUAAAAACAAUAACCCACCUAUUACGAAAAAUACUUUUAAGGUUUUUGAGAUUGAAGUUCCUGAAGACCUUAGAGAGUAUGCAAAAGUGGAGUCUGCACAUAAAGAGUUUAAAAAAGCUAUUGGAGCAUCAAUUUGUCGUUUUGACUCUACUAAAAAUAGUCUAAUUAUAAUUUCGAAAAGUGAUACAGCUAAGAAGCGUGCAAAUAUGUUAUGCGAGAUGCAUUUCCGAAAUUUGAGGCAAAAAGUUCUUUUGUUGAGCAGAACUGAGGAAGCAGCUCGACAGCUGGAGAGUACUAGACUUAAUUCGACGUCUGGUUACAUAGAGGAAUUUCAAGUUCGAGAAGAUUUAAUGGGUCUUGCUAUUGGGGCUCAUGGUGCCAAUAUUCAGAAUGCUCGAAAAUUAGAAGGUAUAACAGGUAUUGAUUUGGAAGAAUCUACCUGUACUUUUAAAAUUUAUGGAGAAACCGAAGAAGCAGUUCACAAAGCAAGAAGCAUGUUAGAAUACUCAGAAGAAUUAGUCGAAGUGCCAAGGUUACUAGUUGGUAAAGUUAUUGGUAAAAAUGGGAGAAUUAUUCAAGAGAUGGUAGACAAAUCUGGUGUAGUUAGAGUAAAAAUUGAAGGGGAUAAUGAUAAUCAAACUCCAAGAGAAGAGGUCCCAUUUGUUUUUGUUGGAACUGUUGAGAGUAUUAGUAAUGCCAAAGUUCUUCUUGAAUAUCAUUUAGCCCAUUUGAAAGAAGUUGAAAAAUUACGUCAAGAGAAAAUAGAGAUUGACCAGCAACUAAGAAAUCAAACAGGAUCUAUGCCAAACUAUCCUAUAUUAAGACGAGGUGGAUUUGAACGGCCUUAUUCUGAUAUGGAGAGUGGGCGAGGUAGAAGUAAUUUACCUCGAGGAAGAGGGCGUGGAGGAUCAAGAUUGGAUUCUAAUCGUCGUUGGAGUGGUGCAGAUACAAGAUACUCAAAUAAUCAAGGUCAUCGAUAUUCACAAGAUAAGGAUGAUAAAAAUUCUGAAUUACCUCCUCGACAAAGAAUGCGUAAUGAUAGGCGUCGUGUGACUGAUGAAGAUGAAUCUGUACUUGACAGCCAUGAAGUUUCAAGUAUUGCUAGCAUAGAUCAAGAGAGCGUAUCUUCUGUUGAAGGUUCUCGAAAUCGCAGGCGCAAAAAGAAGAAAAAGCCUAAAUAUCAUGGAGACGGCAGCAAUACUAGUGAUGACUACAGGAGCUCUGGCUUUUCUGAGCUAUCAACACAAGUUUCUGAGCGUUCACAGAAUAAUUCACUUCAAGAUGCAUCAGAGCCAUGCACAAAUGGUGCAGAUAAAAAGGCGGCUAAGAAUGGUGGUUCACAUUCAUUACCAAAGCCACAGAGAGAUCCACAUUCUCCUAGACCACAAUCCAAUAAUGUAACAAAUAAUAAAACUGAACUUUCUGUUUCUAAAGAAACAUCAGUAAUUAAUGGUACUGCUUAAAAGAACAUUUAGCUUUCCAAGAUCCAUUUUCGCCAAUGACAUUUCAGAUGUGGUUUUUGAAACAAAAAGUUUAUUUAUAAUUCAUUCUCAGAUUUCUAGGUUAAAAUUAAAGUUGCCAAAUAUAUUUGUUUUGGAUGAUUGAAUCAAUUUGAGGUGUUGUGUUUGUUUCUGUUAAUGCUUAUAGAAAUCUCAACUAUGCUUUUAUUUGUCAAUAAUUUUUUUCUUACUGUUAUUUGAAGAUUUAUAUCUUGGUAAAUGAAUUUUCAUAGGAGUGUGUGAUAUUAUUUCCUUUGAUAACUACUUAGACCGUGCCUUGUGAUGUAAAUAAUAUAACGUAACAUGAAUUUAUUUAUUAUUUAUUGUGCCUGUUUCUGAACCAAUUCAAUUUUUAUAAGAACAAAGACCAUUAGUCAUCUGAAAGUUGUUGUAUUCAAUUUUUGAGUCUUUCAACUUGCGUAUGUGAAAGUUCUAAUCAAAAUGUUAUGCUAAGGUCUGAUGAAUUCAUUCGAGGUAAAACUAAGAAAGCGAAGUAAUAUUAGUACAUACAAUUUUUGAAAGCUUUACUUAAGUAUAAUGUAUAUUUUCUCUACAAUAUGUAUUUUAUUAAUUAUAUCAAUUAUCUUAUUUUUUGUGAAAUCUUGCAUUGAAUUAAUUAUCAAAUCAUUAAUAGUUUUAUUUUAUAAAAUCUUGUUUAAUGGAAGGAUUGGUGCCUAAGCAACGCCAGCUUUAAAAAGAAAAUAAUUUUUUUUUUCUAAAGAAAGGUAUAUUGGUGGCAGAAGAUUUUGUUUGGUCUUUUCCUAAAUUUUAAAAAUAAUCAGUUUCAAGUUAUUUUUAAUUAUAGAAUUGCUAGUCAUUUUGAUUCUGUUCUUUAUUUCAUAUACUUUGAAGGUUAUGGUGGCUUAAAACUAUUUCAUAUUUUCACUCAAAAUUAACAUUUAGAAACUUUUUGUUAUGUUUCUUCAAUUUUUGGCAAUUCGGUGUGUAAAAUUGAUUGCAGUCAAAUGAUAUAUUAAGAAUAAAUUAGCUUAUAGCAAGUCCAUUUACUAAAAAUCGAAAAGUUUUGUGCCUUCCUCUAUUUUCUUUAUUUGUUUAAAAAAUAUAAUUGAAAUUCUAUGCUUUAGGUCUUCUAAUUACGCAAGUAAUUUAAAGCAAUAAUUCAAAUAGACUUCAUACUUCAUGUUAGUUUAAUAACUUUAUUUAAUGAAACCUACAGGAGCAGCUAGCUUUUUUGCUGGUAGAUACUUUCUAAAAAUCGAAAUAACAUCUCAGUGCUAGAAGAUAGGUUUUAACGGAUUCUUUUUCUUUUUUGUGUGUCUUCAUUAGUGUUUUCAUUAAGUAAUUUCAUUUUUUUAUAAAAAAAGACUUGAAUUUUUUUUUCUUUGGUGCAACAUCUUCUUUCAUUGCUUUUGAUUGUUUGAAAACAUCAAUGGUCAUGACUCUUCCUUUUGUGAUUUAUAUUUUGAAUUUCUAAUAAAAGUGCACCAUUUCCAUAUUGGAAGUCAUUACAAAUGUCAGUAAUUAUAUUCUUCUAGCAUGAAUUUCCUUCCAAAAAAUGCUAGCUAUGUAUGGGGCCUUUUAAAAAAUAUUGACAGUGGCAGAAUUCAGCAAGUCUAUUUGAAAUCUCUCAAAAUGUUUGUUUUUUCUAUAUACAAACUGCACUUUAUGAUUACCACAUAUUAUAAAUAAUGAAAUGUUGCGGUCUUAAGUGCAAUAAAUAUGAAGCCUUUGAAUAUUUUGAGAAUAUUUUAAGUGUUAAACAUUUCAUAAGUACUUUUGUAAUUUUAUUUUGAUGUUUGAAUUCAGAUAGAUUGUGCUACUAAUGAAAAACAAAUAUUUUAGUUACUACUGUCUUGUAAAUAAAUCACAAAAGCAUG